AUGGAUGACACAAAAGAGAAAGGACGACAAUUAGAAGCCAAAGCCCCCCUGCCACUUCUUACUCCCUACAAGAUGGGCCGUUUCCAUCUUUCCCAUAGAAUUGUUCUGGCGCCAUUAGCCCGACAGAGAUCUUACCACAAUGCGCCUCAGCCGCAUGCCAUCUUAUAUUACUCUCAGAGAACCACCAAAGGAGGUCUUCUCAUUGCUGAAGCCACUGGAGUUUCUGAUACUGCUCGGUACAUGUCAGCUACUCCCAAUACCCCUGGUAUAUGGACUAGAGAGCAAGUUGAAGCCUGGAAACCCAUCGUAGAUGCUGUUCAUGCCAAGGGUGGCAUUUUCUUCUGUCAGAUUUUGCAUGUGGGAAGGGUUUCCAAUGAAGCUCCGAUUUCUAGUACAGACAAGCCUGUGACAUUUCAACUUAUUAGUACGAAUUCUGGAGAUGAUGCUGGACAAUAUUUCUCACCUCCACGGCGGCUAAAGAUUGAUGAAAUCCCUCAAAUUGUCAAUGAUUUUAGGCUCGCAGCUAGGAAUGCUAUGGAAGCUGGUAAUUCAUCCUUCCCGUUGUCAAAGAUUUUAGGCCUGACCUUAAUUGAUGUAAAAUUCCAUUUUGGGAAAAAAAAAUUGCUUAUAAUAAACUCUGUUCCAUUAUCAGUCCUUAUAACCUUCACUUUUCUAGAAAAUUAA